GGCGGCCAUUACUCGGCGACUUCAAGAAAAUAAUUUACCUUGUCGCCGAAAUUUGAUUAUAUCUUUAAGCUUUGGAUACCAUUAGUGGUAGUAGUAGUAGCAGUAUGGGAGAAAUUAGUGACUUAGACAGACAAAUAGAAAGUUUGAGAAGAUGUGAAGUUAUAAAAGAAAAUGAAGUCAAAGCAUUAUGUGCUAAAGCUAGGGAAAUAUUAGUAGAAGAAAGUAAUGUGCAAAGAGUUGAUUCACCAGUCACUGUUUGUGGAGAUAUACAUGGGCAGUUUUAUGAUUUAAAAGAAUUAUUUAAAGUUGGUGGUGAUGUACCAGACACUAAUUAUUUAUUUAUGGGUGAUUUUGUUGAUCGAGGUUUUUACAGUGUGGAAACAUUUCUUUUAUUAUUAGCUUUAAAGGUCAGAUAUCCAGAUAGAAUUACAUUGAUUCGAGGAAAUCAUGAAAGUCGACAGAUUACACAAGUUUAUGGUUUUUAUGAUGAAUGUUUACGGAAAUAUGGUUCUAUAACAGUGUGGAGAUAUUGUACAGAGAUCUUUGAUUAUUUAAGUCUUUCAGCUAUCAUUGAUGGCAAGAUAUUUUGUGUUCACGGAGGAUUAUCCCCAUCAAUUCAGACUCUAGAUCAAAUACGGGCUAUAGAUAGGAAACAAGAAGUACCUCAUGAUGGUCCAAUGUGUGAUUUACUCUGGUCAGAUCCUGAAGAUAUGCAAGGAUGGGGUGUUAGUCCUAGAGGAGCUGGUUAUUUAUUUGGUAGUGAUGUAGUUUCACAAUUUAACGCCUCUAAUGAUAUAGAUUUAAUUUGUCGUGCUCAUCAGUUAGUUAUGGAAGGGUUCAAAUGGCAUUUUAAUGAUACAGUAUUAACAGUGUGGUCAGCACCCAAUUAUUGUUAUAGAUGUGGUAAUGUGGCAGCAAUAUUAGAAUUAGAUGAACAUUUACAAAGAGAUUUUACUAUAUUUGAGGCAGCUCCUCAGGAAGCAAGAGGAAUACCUUCAAAGAAGCCUCAACCUGAUUAUUUCUUAUAAGUUAUGUUUCAUUAUCAUCAUUAUCAUUUUUAUCCUUCAUUAUCAUCUUCGUUCAUCCAUGAUCACAUCAUUCAUUCAUUAUCAGAAAUUGUAUUAUUAACCUGUCAUUCAUAAGUCAUUGAAAUCUAUCAAUCUAGCUGGAAAAAUCGACCAAAAUUUAAAACAUAUAUAAAUUGUAGUCAUCUAAUAAAGAUUUAUUUUUGUAUAUUUCUGGAUCAUUUUUAGAAAGCUAUGGUUAGGUUUGCAUAUGAGGAGUUUUCUUGCUGCCAGUGACAGUUAUAGCAAAUAUUACGUGAUAAUCUUCUGUUGUGCUAUCAUUACAACUAGCAGCUAAAAAUCUUACAAUGCAAACUUUCUUGUAUAUAUAUAUUACGUUCAUAUGGCUUUUGGGGACUGUUCACUUAUUUUUUUUUGGUCCUAACCACUGCUUUUUUUGGACAACUUUUGACUGGAGCAUUUCCUUCAGAAGUGGUUGGAUUUGCAUGGCAUGUAUAUAUAUAAAGAUGAAAGCAAUAAUGAAAUGAUUAGUGCUAAAACCUUGUGACUUAAAUUUUAAGGCAUAUUUAUGGAACAUGGAAUUGCUUCGAGUUGGAAUUUAUCAUAGUAUGUAUGUUAUUUUAAUUAGAUCCAUAUUUUCGAAUUAGUUGAUAUUUCAAAGUGAUCCAGUGCUCAACAAAUAUGCCUUCAACUUACCAAACUUUGACUUUACAAUUUGGCAGUAUUUCUUAAUAAUUUUGAUAGUAUUUCUUGCCAAGUUACUGCAUACUUAAGAUAAUUGCUGUUUUAGGUAGUGAUAAUUUCUUUUAUAGAAGAAUGAAUUAGAUAUAGAGUAAUGAUAAUUGCCUUUAUCAAAUGAGGAUAAUGAUUUUGUCCUUAAAAGGGUAAUUGCAUUUAUAAAGUAACUAAACUGUAUGAUAAUUGCUAUUAUCAAGUGCAGAUAAUGGCUUUUAGUGCUCUUUUAUGACAAAAAAUUCUCUUUGCUAGUUCACUCAGAUGUUCCUGCUAAAAGUUGAUGUUAAAAAUUCAAACAUCCUGCUAAUGAUUAGGAAGUUCAAUAUUUUCAUGAAAACUUCUAUUUGUGCCAUUUGUAUUACACCUGGGUCCUGUGACUGCAGAUCAUGACAAGCUCAAAGAGAAAUGGCUUCAAGCUGGUCACUAUGUAACAUCAAAUUCAAUUAUACAAAAUAAAUUUAUUUCAAAAUAUUAAUACAAAAAAUAAAAAUUUAAUAACAACACAUAAAAAGUUAAAAAAUAGGAUUAUCUGGAAAUAAAAAACAAUAUCUCUAGGAGUUUCAGCUUUGAGUUAUAUUGAAAUAUUGACUUUCAGUAUGAGUGUAUUAAGCCAGUAAAGAAAUUUAUUUUUAUGUAAAAUUUGUUGAUUCUAAUGUAAAAUAUGUUGAUAUUAUUGUAUGAACCAGUAUGGUUAUUGUAAUAUUACUGUACUAUUCUAGAAAUAAAUUUUGUUUUUCUUAACAUGGUCAUUCUGAGCUACCAAUCCACUACUGUAUUUAGAGACUAUCAAAUGCUGUAUUUAUUGAACACAUACUUGUCCUGAGACUAAAUACUAACAUUAUCUUCAUUUUAAAUGGGAUCUUUCUAGAUCUAGAAUGACACAUAAAAACAAUAAAUGAAAUAUCUAGAUAGGUCUCUUCAUUUCUCUAUCGCUGUACAAUUGAUGUUUUGAGCAUUAUUUCAUCAGAGAAAAUAUUUUGUUAUUGUAUGUCUCUACAUCUGUGAUUAUUGAAGGAAACAGGGCAAUUUAGUGUCAUUACAUGAUAACUAAAUAUAAUGUGUCAGUUAUCAUUAACUGCUUCAGAAGUGUUAAAAAUAUAAUUACAUCCAAUAACACUUCUAACACGAACAUCUAACAUCUUGGUUUGUGUUCAAUAAAAUACAAACUAAUUUGACAGAAGUAGGAAUGUCAUACCAGUAUUAUUACAUGUCAUUGGUUAAAUUCGAUUAGAUGAAACCUGAUGC